CUAGAGGUAUAAAAACGAUGAAGUUUGUUCCGUUUGAGUUUGAACGGUUACGCGAGAAGGACGAGACUACAGAUGAUACGGUCAGGUCAGGUCACACACCCCGAGGCACUCCCCCUCCGUCAAUAUAUGUAACUGAUGUAUUUAACGUGAUGCAUCCGCUGACCGGAAAUGCCAAGUGUACCACGUGCACUGUUGCAGACAUGGAUUUCACGAAAGAAACUGACACCACACAGUGGAACCUAGUCCCCGAAGAAGAUAACGCGCAGCUAGAGUUUGAGGCUAAUCUACCUGAAGGGUGGAUCAUCAGCAAAUCUCGCCAACACGGGCGAAUGUAUUACUUCAACACAGAGACUGCUGAGAGUCGAUGGCAACACCCACUUAUUCCAGAAGACAGCGGUAACCACGAGACUGGAGUGCCGAGUUUUGAUGUCAGUAAUGGCUACACCGCCAGAGAAAACCCUAUCACCCAUCCCGCAUCGGAUCCGGUUUUGUGUGAAAAGUGCCAGAAAAUGGAUCUAACAUUUUUCGACCCAAAUUGUCCAAGCUGCUAUGAUGUCCUUCAACUGCCUACAACAACUAUUCCACAAGUAUUUGCCAUAAUGCGGCAGUGGGUUCCGCAAGUCCAGCAGAACAUUGAGCUGUUUAUCCAAGAGCUAUUGCGACGAGGUGCCCAUCUGAAUGACAGAGAUGGUUUGACAGAUAUGUGUGUUCUGCAUUAUGCCUGUAAAGCAGGGGCUGUGGGGGUAGGAGACAUCGCUGCAGCAAGCAAUGUUAUCAGUGGUCUUAUAGCCAAAGGUGCUGAUGUGUCUCAAAAGUGUCGAUGGACGGAUAUGCUCCCCCUUCACUAUGCUACAUUCUUUGAUGCAGCCCCUGUGAUACGCAUUUUGCUGAAAGAAUCCCAUUCCAAAGAUGUAAAUACCCGCUGUAAAGAGUUUGAAGCAGGGACUGCACUCCACAUAGCAGCCACCAACCUUUGCUUUGAAGCUGCCCGAUGCCUGUUACAGCACGGUGCAGACGCGUACUUGCGUGACAAGCUGAAUCGAACACCGCGGGAGUGUGUCCCGGAUGUCAGCGCAUAUGAUCCGGAAUCCGAGCCUGCGAUCGUUGCUGAAAAGAUGACGCGGUUGCUAUCAGAAGCGGAGCCACUGGAGGCACCCAAACCCGAGACGGAGAAUCAGGAUGCGAAUGAACUGACAAUCGGCGAGCGAGUGUAUAUUGGCGGCACCAAGAGUGGUGUACUGCGAUUUUGCGGCAGGACAGAGUUUGCCUCAGGGGAGUGGGUUGGGGUCGAGUUAGACCAACCAGUCGGCAAAAAUGACGGAUCAGUGGAUGGCGUUCAGUACUUCCAGUGCGAGCCAAAUCAUGGCAUCUUUGCGCCUGCUUCAAAAGUCACCAGGAACGGAACAACGCAGCACAUCUCUCGCCUCAAGCCCCGCGCGUCAAGAAGACCCCCAGGAGAGUCAACACUUGUGACUUCUCAGCCCAAUUCUAGACCCAGUUCUAGACCAAGCUCACGGCCAAACUCGCGUUCCCCUUCUCCUACACCAUCUCCUCGGCUUGAUGACUCGGAAAUAGCACGUGACUUCCAGAUUGGCGAACACGUCCUCGUGGCCGGACAGAAGCCUGGAAUUGUCCAAUUUAUCGGACAGACCCAGUUCGCUUCCGGGUGGUGGCUCGGGAUAGAGUUGUCUAAUCCUGUCGGCAAGAAUGAUGGUUCUGUGGGUGGGGUGCGUUACUUCACGUGUAAACCCCGCUUUGGGGUCUUUGCUCCUGUCGCCAAGGUUACCAAGAAUCCCGAUCCGCCAAAAUUCGAGGAAACCUUCGUAGUACCCACUGCGCCUGCGCCGAAGAUUCAUCACGGCUCCCAUAGUUCGUUGCACGAGACGACCAGCUCACAUGGCUCCCUCAGUGACCUAUCGCGUAUGGACUCGAACCCUGACCUCAGACACUCGUCCAACCGAUCCACCAACUCUUCGAACCCAGACCUCUCUCAGCGCCGUGGUAGCGCAGACAGUAGGUCAGGUUCCAAACCACAAAAGAAGGCCCCAAAUGCGGAGUUCAGACUAAGCGAGGGCAUGAGCAUUCUCGUAAAUAGCGAGUUGGGCGUAGUACGGUACAUCGGAGAGACGGAUUUUGCCGAAGGAAUCUGGCUUGGAGUUGAGAUGCGAAAACCAGUCGGAAAAAAUGAUGGCUCUGUGAAUGGAAAGCGAUAUUUCACUGUCAAACCGAAUUAUGGCCUAAUGGUGCGCCCGGGGAGAGCCUCGUGCAGAGGAAUCAACUGCGCUAAGCUUGUGGAGGAAGUGACGUCAUAGAGAUCAACUGCGCUAAGCUUGUGGAGGAUGUGACGUCAUAGAGAUCAACUGGACUUAGCCUCUACAGGAUGUGACGUCAUAGCGAUCAACUGCGCUAAGCUUGUGGAGGAUGUGACGUCAUAGAGAACAACUGGACUUAGCCUCCACAGGAUGUGCCGUCAUAGCAAUCAACUGCGCUAAUCUUGUAGAGGACGUCAUAGAUUGAACAAUGCGCUAUGCUUAUAGAGGAUGUGACAUCAUUGUAUGAACAAUGCGCUGAGCUUGUAGAGGAUGUGACGUCAUAGAUUGAUCAAUUAGUCCAAGUUCAUGGAGUAUGUGACGUCACAGACAUCAACUGCGCUAAUCUUGUGGAGGACGUGACGUCACAGACAUCAACUGCGCUAAUCUUGUGGAGGACGUGACGUCACAGACAUCAACUCCACUAAGCUUGCAGAGGAUGUGACGUGAAAAGAUUGAUCAAUAAGGCCAAGUUCGUGGAUGCUGUGACAUCAUAUAGAUCAAACGGCGCUACGCAUGAGAAGAUGUGACGUCACAGACAUCAACUGCGCUAACCUUGUGGAGGAUGUGACGUCACAGAGGGAUCAUUUACAACCAAGCUAGUGAGCUCGUGAUAUUUGUAUAAGUUGCGCUGAACUUGUAGAGGAUAUAGCGUCUUAGAGAAGUCAUCUGCGCUGAGCUUGUUCAAAGGGAAGAUGCAUGUGAAAGGAUGAAACGUCAUAGAGUGUUACCCUGCAUAAGAUACAAUACACCAAAAACUGGAGUUCGACUCUGCCAAAUUUUCGUCUUUAAUAAGACUUGUUCAAGGCAGUCUGCCCUGAAGAAGUCUUAUUAAAGACGAAAAUUUGUCAGAGUCGAACUCCAGUUUUUGGUGUAUUGUAUUCAUUGUUCUGGUACGGGAUCACGACAGUUUGGGCUUUUUGUUUCUACUUGCAUAAGAUAAAUAUACAUACGCACAUAGGAAGGGAAGAAACAAUUUAACAUUAAGCCCCCCAUAGUUUUAUAUUGGUUACAUAUUUUAUGAAUGAUUGUUUUUUCCAUAUUUAUAUGAAUUAUAUAUAUAUUAUAUUACGCAAUAUGCCUAAUACAAUAAACAUGUUAUACGUCGUUCA